GUAUCUUGUGACUUAUUUUAGAAUUAGCCCUGCUCACCCAAGAGCUUGGAUAAUAUAGGGUACAAUAUUUAGGAAAAUAUGUUAUAAAAAUAAAUAAAAAUGAGCAUAAACAAUGAUGAGUUACCUGGAGUAAAAAUACCCACAAUUGUUGAUGAGGAAUUUGAAGAUAUUGUGGAACUAGACAAUGCUGCAGUUUCUUCCACAAAUGCAUUGCUGCCUAAUGCAAAACAGGACUUCAAAGAACUUCAACGGAGUAGUUCAAGAUAUGUAGAAAAAGUGGAAGGAUUGAAUGUUGAAGAAGUAAGGUGGUUUUACCAAAGUGUGAAGAAAAAAAAGUGGAAACCUUUCAAUGGGAAUGAUUCUAUCAGUAUUGAAUCAGAAUGGAGAUGCGUGUCAAGAUCUGACAGUGAAAUUAAAAGAGUUUGUGUCCGAGGAGGAAUGUAUGAAGUUGAUGUUCUUGAUAGAAAAUGCUAUCCUGUUUAUUGGUCUUCAUUUAAUUUGAAGGGGGUGGAAGAAGCUGUUGAUAUUCUUCGUGGUACAUGGUUCUAUGGAGGAAGCUAUAUCCCUUUGGAUGAGAUACUGGCAGAUAAAAUUGAAGCAAAUCACAUUGAACGUUGGAAAGAUUGCUCAUUAGAUGAAGUAAAAAAAGCAGUGGGAAGCACGGCAAUGCAUAGUGUUAAGCUUGAGAAUUGUCAUGUUGAUUGGUAUAGUGUAAAUGAUAUAUACAUACACAGUGAUGCUGUGUCAUAUCGAGCAUUGCGGAAUAUUGUUCAAAAAUUCGGAGCGUCCAAAACAUCAACUAGUGGAAAUAAAUUACAAAGGGGAUAUUGUGAGGAGGCAGCACAUGAAGAUUGUACACCUCCAGUUGAACAUUUGGUUUUUGUUGUUCAUGGUAUUGGGGCUAAAUCAGAUAGACAUAAAAUUGUUCGUAAUACAAAUGCAUUUCGAGUGACUUGUGAUAGAGUAGCGGCAAAACAUUUUGCACAUUAUACUGGUAGAGUAGAAUUUUUACCUGUUGAGUGGAGAUCGAAGCUUGUUUUGGAUGAUGGUAUUGUUGAUAUUUUAACACCAAAGAAAGGCCAAGGAUUACGUCAAUUUUUAAACAAUAAUGCAAUGGAUAUAUUGUAUUAUACAAGUCCACUGUACAGGGCUGAAAUUGUCAAUGGUUUGCAUAGGGAAUUACUUCGUCUUCACAGAAUGUUCAUGGAGCGUAAUCCAGAUUUUGCUGGAAAAAUUUCAAUAUUUGCUCAUUCACUAGGAUCAGUCAUAAUGCACGAUAUUAUGACAGGUUGGUCCCCGGAGUCACUUUUUGAAGAAUAUUUGAAAAAACAAAAUGAAAAUAAUUUUAAUAUUGAAAAGUCCGAACCUGAUUUAAUGUAUUUUUCCUCAACGGAGAGUUUCGAAAACGAGUUGACCCAAUUUAAAAAGGCCAAGGAAAAAAUUGCAAACAUCGAAUCUCAUGUUCUGUAUGAAAAAGAGCCAAAGAAGGGAUUAGGAUUCGUUGUUGAAAAUUUCUUCUGUGUGGGUUCACCUCUUGCAGUUUUCCUCUCUCUUCGUGGACAGAGGCCAUCUAAUGCAUCAGGCACACAGGACGAUAUUAUUCCAAGAAAUGUGUGUCGCCGAAUAUUUAACAUAUAUCACCCUUCAGAUCCGGUAGCUUAUCGAUUUGAGCCUCUUAUUGUCAGCCACUAUUCAAGUAUAUCACCAUUACAAGUACAUUGGCACAAUGCAGUACACAAAACACCUUAUAUUGAAAUGCGUGCUAAGCCAUACAGUUCAGAAGCAAACAAGGAAUUGGUGAAAUUAUCUGAGAGAGAACCCAGCAUUGACACUGAUGGUACUUCAAUAGAUCUGUCAGAUACAGAAGACCCAGAGGAUUCAAAAAAUGAAUUUUUCGAAAAGGACACAGAAUUGGAAGAUAACGAGUCUUUGAACUCUGGGAACGGACCGGUGUCCUCUCCAGACAUAGAAAGAAGGUCAUCAUAUUUAAAAGCCAUUUCUGGCGGUGCUUUUCGAGUUGGAAAAGCAUUAUUAGGUAGGGCUCGUGGUUCAUCAUCUCCCAACUUGAAAAGUGUUGACGGCCUUUCGCUAAAUUCGUCUCCCCCAGGUGAAGAAGACUUGUCCGAAAUCAAAGAUUCAAUACCAGUAACGGAUUAUGAAGAGUCUGUAAGCAUUGCUUGUUCUACUGAACUGCAGAAAGAAAAAAAUAUGAAUAGUCAUGUGAAAACUAGAAUCACUGAGCCAGAUAUUCAGUCUGAUACUGUUUCAAACAGCUCGCUGGGAUUAGAGCUUCGUCUUGAUUAUGAACUUCAGGAAGGAUUUACUGAAAGUAGAUUAGGAUAUGCCUCAAUAACUUCUCACACAUCAUAUUGGAAUAGUCAAGAUGUGGCGUUAUUUGUUUUAAUGCAAAUUCACCCUCCUUCAGCAAUGACACAAAAUAUACGGCCUUGAUGAUAAAUAGGAUUCAUAACACUGUGAACUUAUUUGUGCAAUUAAUUAUAUUUUUCUUAGUGUUUUAAAGAGUGCUUUAGUUUUUUUUGUUGGGUGAUAUUAAGCCCCUGAUCUAUGGCAAAAAUUUAAGUUUAUGGGUUAUUUUAAUUUCUUUUAUGGUAUAUUAUAUUCCAUGGCGCAAAGGAUGCAUAAACUUAUUGAGAGCUUUUUUUUUAGUGGAAUUAUAUAAUCUGGUAUACAUUUUGUUCAACUUGUAUUUUCUAAGGUUAAAGUUGUAUUGGGGUUUAUGUACAAAACAGAAAACCAAAUUGCCCCUCUAAAUUAAAAUGCAAAACACUGUUUUUCAUUUCCGAAUUGUAACAUUGUUCUCAUAUGUUGAUCUUUAGAUCAAUAAGGUACCAUGCUAGCCAUUUAAAACUUCGUCUACUUGCCACAAAAAUUUUGUGAUCUAUUUUAUUGUGGUGUCAAACAUUAUAUGAAUUAGUAUAUAAA